ACUUCUUGCUGCUACAUCAUCUCCCUGAGCCAGGCUUCUGCAGUGGAAUAGUCGUGUAUUCAAAAGUUUCUCUGAACUGUGGCCAGUCAAAAUAUGCUUACUUGGCCAAGGAUCAGACUAGGCGUCUUGACUCCUCGUCUUUACAGUUUCCUUACAAAGUAUAAUCUCUGAUGAAUGCCAGAUCCCGACUCUUGUUGUGUAUGUGUAGGCAUGUGUUUUUUUGGGGGCGGGGAUGUCAAAGGUGACGGUAGAUUAUUCCAGAGAGACACUGGUUGGAGACAGCAGCUUCUAUAAGGUAAACAGGAUCUCCUCCUGAAGGUCAAGGGAGGUGCUUCUCAAGGCCCCCACAGACAAUACUCUGGGUAUUAUUAACGGAAAUGGCUAAGAAUAGAGAGCAGCGGAGCAAGGUGGCUCCUCUGGCGGUCAUGUUGUUUGGGUUAAACAAGCCAAAACGGAACAUCAUCUUUAGAAGAGUGACUUCUCGAGCUUACAUGCUGGGUGUGUCACAUUCACACAAGGCAGGAGGUUGAUUUGGAUGGGUUUAUUUGGCUCUCAUGUACUGCAGCAGCAAAGGAUAAGUUGUGGGUUGCUCUUGACUGUUUAUAUAUGGAGUUUCUGUGCUUUAAAGUUCGGAUUUACAAACCAUGAUCCCCAUCACUGAACUGCGGUACUUUGUGGACACACAGCCAGCAUACCGCAUCUUGAAACCAUGGUGGGAUGUGUUCACCGACUAUAUCUCCAUUGUUAUGCUUAUGAUUUCUGUUUUUGGUGGGACCCUGCAGGUCACUCAGGACAAGAUGAUCUGCCUGCCCUGCAAAUGGGUGGUCAAUCAGACCUGUAAGAAGAACUUCAAUUCUACCCUCUCUGCAUCAUUGUUCUUGGAGCCUAAAGGGAUCCAGUAUGAUCUUGACCGCCACCAGUACAACUAUGUGGAUGCUGUGUGCUAUGAGAAUAGGUUACACUGGUUUGCCAAGUAUUUUCCUUACCUAGUAUUACUUCACACCCUUAUUUUUCUAGCUUGCAGCAACUUUUGGUUUAAGUUCCCACGGACUAGUUCCAAACUAGAACACUUUGUAUCCAUCUUGCUGAAAUGCUUUGACUCACCGUGGACAACAAGGGCAUUGUCAGAGACAGUGGUUGAAGAGAGCGACCCAAAACCAAUGAAAAUGAAUGGCUCAAUGGAUCACAAGGAGUCUGUUAUCAGUGAGGACGUUGAAGCAAGUGUCCCUAUGCUCCAAAGGACAAAGACCCGCUUUGAGCAGGGCAUUGUAGACAGAACAGAAACAGGGGUUUUGGACAAGAAAGAGGGCGAACAGGCAAAAGCGUUGUUUGAAAAAGUGAAAAAGUUCCGUAUACACGUUGAAGAAGGAGACAUUGUGUACAGACUGUAUAUUCGACAGACUAUCAUCAAAGUCAUCAAGUUUAUUUUGAUAAUCUGCUAUACAGGGUAUUACGUGCACGAUAUUAAAUUCAGUGUCGACUGUUCGGUAAAUAUAGAGAGUCUGACAGGUUACAGUGUGUACCGAUGUGCUCACCCGCUGGCUACACUUUUUAAAAUCCUAGCAUGUUUCUACAUUAGUUUAGUAGUAGUGUAUGGUUUGAUCUGCAUGUACACUCUCUGCUGGAUGCUUCGGCGUUCUCUGAAGAAGUACUCCUUUGAGUCAAUACGGGAAGAGAGCAGCUACAGUGACAUACCAGAUGUGAAGAAUGACUUUGCCUUCAUGAUGCACAUGAUUGAUCAGUAUGACCCUCUGUACUCCAAACGCUUUGCUGUAUUCCUCUCGGAAGUAAGUGAAAAUAAGCUGAGGCAGCUAAAUCUCAACAAUGAGUGGACUCUGGACAAACUCAGGCAGAGGAUCACCAAGAACUCUCAGGAGAAGUUGGAGUUGCACCUUUUCAUGCUGAGUGGCAUUCCAGAUACAGUGUUCGACCUGAUGGAGCUGGAGGUUCUUAAGCUUGAGCUCAUUCCCGAUGUUACCAUCCCCCCAAUCAUCGCACAGCUGGUGAACCUACGAGAGAUGUGGCUCUAUCACACACCAGCCAAAAUCGAAGCUCCUGCGCUGGCUUUUUUGCGUGAGAACUUGAAGUCUCUGCACAUCAAGUUCACUGACAUCAAAGAGAUUCCCUUAUGGAUCUACAGUUUGAAGAAUCUCAGUGAGCUUCAUCUGACAGGGAAUCUUAGUGCAGAAAACAAUCGUUACAUUGUCAUUGAUGGGCUCCGGGAGCUCAAGAGGCUCAAAGUUCUUCGUCUGAAGAGCAAUCUGACCAAGCUACCUCAAGUGGUGACUGAUGUGGGCAUGCACCUCCAGAAGCUUUCCAUCAAUAAUGAAGGCACCAAGCUGAUGGUGCUCAACAGCCUGAAGAAGAUGGUUAACCUGACAGAACUGGAGCUCAUUCGCUGUGAUCUAGAGCGCAUACCGCACUCCAUCUUCAGCUUGCACAACUUGCAGGAGAUUGAUCUGAAGGACAACAACUUGAAGACCAUUGAGGAGAUCAUAAGCUUCCAGCAUCUUCAUCGGCUGGUGUGCCUUAAGCUCUGGUACAACCAGAUCGCAUAUAUUCCCAUCCAGAUCGGCACACUGACCAACCUGGAGAAACUGUAUCUGAAUAGAAACAAAAUAGAAAAGAUCCCCAGCCAGUUGUUUUAUUGCCGCAAGCUGCGCUUCUUGGACCUGAGCCAUAACAACCUAACAUGUAUUCCUACUGACAUUGGCUUUCUCCAGAAUCUUCAGUACCUGGCAGUGACAGCCAACCGGAUUGAGAGCCUACCGAAUGAGCUGUUUCAGUGCAAGAAGCUUCGUACUUUGAACUUAGGGAACAAUUGCCUACAGUCUCUGCCAUCACGGUUUGGAGAGUUGACCGGGCUGACACAGCUAGAGCUGAGAGGAAAUCGUCUGGAGUGUCUGCCCGUGGAGCUGGGCGAGUGCCGACAGCUAAAGAGAACUGGUCUCGUGGUGGAGGAGGACCUUUUCAACACCCUGCCCACUGAGGUCAAGGAACAGUUAUGGAAAGUUGACAAAGAACAGGCGUAAACAGGUCUGUGACUGUAAAUGAAAAUGGAUACCGACCAACUCUGCCCCAACACUGGAGGGAACACCUGUACUGCCUCAGAGGUCUUGUUGUUGAAACAGGCAGCAGGUCUGCUGCAGUGUACUGCCAGUAAGGUUGGGUAUUGUUAACCAUUGUCAGUUUGACAGACCCAAAGUUCUGAUACUUUCCAACCAAUUUCUUAAGCUUUCACAUUAUAUCCCAGUAAUAAUGUUUUUUAGCAAUAACGGUGCAAUGCCAUUGGAAAUGUGUUUACAUUUUAUGUUCUUAGUUAUGCUGGAGAAGUUUAAGUAUGCAGAACUGUGGACAGAUUUUUCUAUAUUCAGAAAAAAAGCAAAGUUUCCACUGACCACAAUUACUGCAACAACAGGUAUAAUCAAGAUAGAACACAUUAUUAAAAUAAUCUGCCCAAGUUCACAGAUCACAGUUCACAGAUCAGAUAGCAAGGUGUUCAGGUUUGAUAAUUCAUGCGUUAGUGCAGCCAUCACUUUUUCCACCUAACCCCAAGUUAUGUCAAACUAAACCCCAUCAUAACAUUAACCAUGAACACAUAACAGUCAAGAAUCUAUAACUCUGAUUUUUUAAUUUUCUUUUAGGAAAAAUUAUUCUUAUGUUCACUCACAACAUUUUGCAAACACUGACCUGACGUAAAUCAUAACUCUGACGACCACAGUUUUUCUGCUGUAGAGGGAUGACCAUGUUGGAGAUAACCUCAUACGUGCUUGUUUUGAGAUCGUAAAUGUAUGACAGUUCUCAUUAGAAAAACUGGUACGGGUCCUGAAAGAUCUCAGUGUCCCAGACAAAUGGGAGAACUUUCUUCUCUCUCCUCUCUGUAGCCUCCUGACAUAAAAUACAUUUCCCCUCCACUCAGCAGUCAACAUGGAUGAAGAGAGCGGGUCUGACCAUACAUUUUGCUCAGGCCUCCCAACACAAUAUUCUACAAAGCCCUGUGACAUGUUCAACUUUUACGUCAACGUGAAUGUGUAUUAUCCUACCGUGUGGUAGAUCUGCUUUAUUUAGGAAAUAUUUUCACAGACAUUACAACUAGAGAAAUUUGUAUAUGUUGCACUUUACCUGAUUUUUCAGAUAAUUAGCAGAUAAUAUUAAUCACCGGAUAACAGAAACUCUGAUGUGUUACACAAAUUCAUAAAUCAUGGAUGAUUAAUGAUGAGUCAUGUCAAGAAAUUUUGAUUCUGGGAUUCUUGCAUCUUCAAGGGUUUUCAAGAAAAUUGUUAGUAGUGGAAGUGUUGUAGAGAUGGAUACUUUUCUUUGGUUGGCCUGAGUCUUGUUAGCAGCACGUGGGGUAUUAGGAUACAGAAUGAGAUCCUUGUAUCCAGAGUUUGGCAGACUGGAGGGGUAAAUGUUCUUUUUGUGGGGAAAGAUGUGUUUGACCCACACAAGCACAGUAGUGCUUGAGGAAAAGCUUUUAUUCUGAAUGCAACCCCGUGGACUUGUAUUACAAAACUUCACUCCUGUACAGUUACAUUGGUGGAGCGUCUAGUCAACGCACAGAUACCCAACCCUUACUGCCAGUAUAUUGUUCAGGGGGAGUUGUUUUCCAAUCUGUUUCAUAGUCAUGCUGCAUUGACAUUGUUUAUUUGUAAUGAAUUGCACAAAACAAAAUGAGCAAAUCUUGGAAAAAUGAUGAAAAGAUUAGAAUGAGUCAUGUCUGGGUCAAAAGAAUUAAAUGUUUUACAGGAUAACACAUUACUGACAUAGAAAUGGAGCCUCCAAACAUUGCAAGUAUGUCUGAAAUGUACAUUAGUGCUGGAUGUACAUAUCUGAAACACUAGCUUGUUUUAUUACCUUUUCUGGAGUAGAUAUCGAGUAAGCACUGAUCUACUUGCUGGUAGUUGAAGUGUUAUUGUUUGCAAAUAACAGGUAAAAGAACUAGACAUCACCUGACCUUGUGUUAUGGUUUGUUUCUUUUUUGUUUCUAUGUUUCUACCUUCAUAGGGUAGUGUGAGAGCCAUCUUUAAUCUAAAAAUAUUGUAAUUGAUAGAUUUGUUUAAGGUAAAUAAGGUCAAUGAGUGUUAUUUUUCUGGUAAAAACAAAACAAAACAUUGCAAUAAGGUCUAAAAUGGCCUGGAACUUUUUUGAAAAGUUUGAAACAUUCCAGUUAAGGAAAAUAAGAUUGAAAAUUCCCCAGAGAUUCAUUUCUCAGUGGUAAGAAAGAUUAAGAGGCUUUAAAAAACAAUUCUUGGCUUUCAGGUGAGUUGCCUUAUCUUUGAAUCACUACUUAUGUGUUAUGUUCACUUUGUGUUAUUUUUGUUAUAGCAUCUGUGACGUUCAAAGCAAAGUAUCAUACUCUUGACCUUGGUUUGACUCAGACAAAUGUUUUUAACGCUGCACUAAGCUACCCAGCUCAAAUGCUAAUUAAGAGUAACAGACAGUUUUUCCAUUAGUUUUCUGUUUUGCUCUCAUGUUUCAUGUCAUCACUUCCUGUGGACUUUUCACGAGUGACCAUGUUUGAUGCCAGUGACAUUUUUUUAACAUAAAAGUCUACCAGCUUGAACUCCCUUAACCAGUAUUGCUAUGCAUUGCUGACAACUUCUGUAGAGUGUAAAGAGCAUGAACAUUAUGAUUUGAAUUAGCCAGUAAAAUGUCUCCCAGUCUUGUUUGUAAAUGUCGCAGCUCAGUUUAGAUUUAAAUUAUUUAAGUGAUACAAGCUCAUUUGGGAAAUGAAAGUGAGUUCUUGUGUGUGUGUGUGUGUGUGUGUGUGUGUGAUACAGAUUUUUUAGCUUGUGUGUGUUUUUUGUGCCAGAUAUGCUCACCUCUUAUGGAAACCCGGCCUGCCAGGUGAUUUAAAAAAAUGGAAAAAUAAAAUAAAAAAUAGUAAUACAAAGUAAUUAAGUCAUAGAAUUUCAAUUUACUAAAUCAAUCCUGUGAGUUAAUUACACCUUACAGCAUGAAGGUGCGUGGUUCACACAGCAGGAAACUAUUAGUCGCUGCUCUCAUAAUUACGUGAGAAAUUAGGGGAAUUUUCCAGUUCUUAAUUUAUUAUUGUCUGGCAUAGAUGGGCCUCCAUGCACUUCAUACAGGUCAUGUGAUUUAAUUGUUUUCAUUUUUUUAAAGGGUCAUCAUUUGUAGAUACAUGCUGAAUACUUUUUGACUGUGUGAUUUUUUUUUUUUCUGCAUUUGUGUUUUUCCACAGUCAGCAGCACAGUUCUAAAAAUGUGGAGUUCAUGAUCAAUGCACAGCUCUGACACAGUACAACUUACAACAGGGGUUUGAGGGUUUGCCCUGAAGAAAAAAAAUAUCACUUUAUGGUUUGAUAAAUCUAACUGCAAAGAAAACUUUGACAGUAGCAAUACAGUUCAGAAACUGGGUUAGAAGCUAUAGGGAUAGUUUAAACUAUUUACAUUUAUUUUUGUUACAUGUUUAACUAUACUAUAUUGUGCAAUAUCACCUUUAUUUAAACUAUGUAAAAUUAGUAGUGAUGUUUUGUAAUGUGCAUGGGCAUUCUUCAUUUUACUAAGGUGAUGGUGAUAGUCCUGGAGAAUUCUUUUGCACUACAGCACCUCUCCCGCAAGUUAUAUGUAGGUAAAUGCAACUAAUAGUAAACAGAUUAAUUUAUACAACACGUUUUCUAUGUUUUCACUUCAUGGGAGAUUCAUUUGAAAGACUGCCAGCCAUGAGAUUAAGAUGGUAUUAGAUUUUUAAUUAAGGUUUCUUUUAAUACUGGACAUAGAACAAUUAUAAUUUUGGUCCUUAACUUUAAGUCCCAAUUGGAUUGUUUUAAAUGAUGUCCAGAACACCUCAGCAGUACACCAUCGAUUAAGACAAUCAGUUGUCAAUUCUAACUAAGAGAGACAUCAGAGAAAGUUAUGUCAAAUGUAUAAUGCUGCAAGUUAAAUGGUCAGUAAAUUAAGACAUACUUUAUGUAGGUUGCUAGUUAAGUGAUCUCAGUAACUAGUUUAGCUUUUGUUGUAAUUAAUCUUUUUGUUGGCUACAGUUUUCUUUUUUUAUAAUUUUGACUGAUGUUAUAUCUUCAUUUUGACAGCUAUUAGUAUUAUUACAAUAUAACUAAAUUUCUCAGGAAACCAGCCAGUAGUCACUUCUUUUUGAGUUUAUUGCCUUUUUUUUAAUUAAACUUGAUAUUUUUUAUUAAUUUAAAUUGUUUUAUACAGUUACAGUUUUAUAUGCAUUUCUAUCAAUUCUUGUCUAGUUUAGUGUAUUUAAUACUGACUGCUGGUUUGAAACAAAAUGUGCUAGUGUUUUUAAGACAGAUGCUUGGUUUAACCCAGAUUUGCAUUUUUCAGUAGUGACCAUGACGGCUAUAUUGUUAGAGAAAUGUGUCUUCAUUGUGGUUAGCACAGGUUACGUGUGUGAGUGUUAUCUUUAUGUGUGUAUGUUGGCAUGAUGAGACUUUCUCACCGCUUGAUGUCCAUCUUUGUUCUUUCUCCUUAGAAAAUCAAUAUGUGUGGGUACAAAAUCUUUUUUUUUUUUUUCUUAAAUGUUUCCCAAAUUAAAGCCAAUCAUAAUUGAUGUACAAAUUUGGCUUCAUGCAGUGUUUGGUUGCCAAUAGUCUGUCAUUGGUAAGGAAAUCUUCAGUGCAUCAGUAUUGACAUGAAUGAUGUGCCAGUGAGUAUUCUCCUUGAACAUGUAUCUCAUCUCUUGCACACCAUCCAAUAGAGGUAAAAUAAAAUAACUUUGGUUGACCAAA